AUGGCAGAGAGAAACACCACUUUGAUUAAAGAUUUGGACAAUAUGAAUGAUGAUUACACACUAAAAGUGUCUAUCAUCCGGUUAUGGAGAUCAAUUUCGGAUGUUAACCCCACUAUAGUAAAAUCAAUUGAGAUGAUAUUGAUGGAUGAGAUGGAGUGUCUACAGUUUCAAUCCAAAUCAACAUACGGAUUUUCUUGUGUUUCGUUUAAAACAAUUAUCUCUACAACAACUACAUCUAAUGACUCAGUUGAUGUUAUUGGUGAAGUUGUUUCAUUAGGAAAACUUGAUUCCCGUAAUGUCAACAAAUCCAAGCAUAGGCUACAUUUACAGAUCCGGAACUUAGAAGGUUUACAGGUUAACGUGACAUUGUUCGGAGAAAUUGGAUACCAAUUGAUUUCUUAUGUUGAAAAUCAUAAAGAAAUUGGUUGUGUGAUUGUUCUAUUACAAUUUGCAAAGAUUAAUGUCUAUAACGGACUACCUUCCGUUAACAGUCAUUUUGAUCACACUCGCAUGUUCAUAAAUGUUGAUCUUCUGGAUAUUUUUGGUGGUCUACGAGGACUUCAAAACCCUUCUUCUUCUUUGAUUGUUGAUACCUCUCAAUCAUAUUCUGAAUAUGAUGACUUUUUGAUUAAGCACAACUUUAAAAAUGUUGUUGAUUUUCACGAACCACGAGAGGUUGGGAAAUUCAUCAUUGUUGGGACCAUUUAUGGGAUUCGACAAGAUAUUGACUGGUACUACAAUGCAUGUACCAAAUGUGGAAGGAAAGUCAAUGAGAGGAAUGUGUUUACCGGUCCAGAAAGUGGUGAUGCAAGUGUGCUUUAUGAAUGCUUUAAUGAUAAGUGUGCAGAUAAGAAAAUAUCUUCUGUUCCAAGGUAUAAGAUACUUAUUCGUGUCCAGGAUGAUUCUGGAACGAUCACACUUACUUUGUUUGACAGAGAUGCUUAUAAACUCGUCAAAACAACUGCAAGUUCUCUCAUAGAGAAAAUUAAACAGUCAAGGAUAAGAAAGGAGGUGUUUUUUGUGUACGGAUAUGGUGGAACGGGUAAAACCAUUCUUUGGAAGACAAUAUCUACAGCAAUUAGAUGUAAUGGUGAGAUAGUUUUAAAUGUUGCUUCAAGUGGUAUUGCAUCGUUAUUAUUGCCUGGAGGUAGGAUAGCACACUCUUGGUUUAUAAUUCCGUUGAAUCUUACGGAGGAUUAUGUUUGUAAGAUACCGCCUGAUAGUGAACUCGGCAGAUUAGUAAGAAAAAGCUCAUUGAUUAUUUGGGAUGAAGCACCUAUGGUCCACAAGCAUGCAUUUGAAGCUUUAGAUCGAUCUCUGAAAGAUGUAUGUAGGUUUGACAAGUCUAGCAACUCAAAUAUUCCAUUUGGAGGGAAAGUGAUUGUUUUUGGAUAA